AUGCCACCCUUCUGCAGGAAUGCAAAGUUGGGUCUGCUUUCUUUUCUGAUUUGCUUAUUACCUUUGGAGAUGGAAGCCUUUUGGUUAGGAAAAAUUGAAAAUAAUGUUUCUCUUUCCCCCCCCCAACAGGCUCAAAGUCAGGAAAUGAGAUACAAGACAUCCUUGGGGAUGAGGAAACGAUUGCGACUUAACCAAACGGCUCUGAAAGAGUCCAGUAGUAGCUCCGGACAUUAUGACCCCCAGCUCAUUGCUGCCUCCAGCCGCUCGGUGUUCCCUGGCCUUCACGAACAGCCUCCCGAGGCCUCCGCCAGUGGCACUUUGAACGGACUCCUGCGACUGGGGCUCCCCAGAGAAAUGAAUGCGCGCCCCGAAUCCUUCUCGCCAGGACCAGUCGCCCACAGCAACGCCCUAGCAGCUGCCGGGGCCCUGCAUGGCUAUGGGGGCAUGAACCUGACCGUGAACCUCGCUGUGCCCCAGGGUCCCGGUGCCUUCUUCCGUUACAUGCGCCAGCCCAUCAAACAGGAGCUCAUCUGCAAGUGGCUGGCGGUCGAUGGCCCCGAGCUCCCGCACCUCUGCUCCAAAACUUUCAGCACCAUGCACGAGCUGGUCACGCACGUCACUGUGGAGCACGUCGGCGGCCCGGAGCAGGCCAACCACAUCUGCUUCUGGGAGGAGUGUCCGCGCCAGGGCAAGCCCUUCAAAGCCAAAUACAAACUUGUAAAUCACAUCCGCGUUCAUACAGGCGAGAAGCCCUUCCCCUGUCCUUUCCCGGGGUGUGGGAAGGUCUUUGCUAGAUCAGAAAAUCUCAAAAUACACAAAAGAACUCACACAGGGGAGAAGCCCUUCAGGUGCGAGUUCGAGGGCUGCGAGCGACGCUUCGCCAACAGCAGCGACCGCAAGAAGCACUCGCACGUGCACACGAGCGACAAGCCGUACACGUGCAAAGUACGCGGCUGCGACAAGUGCUACACGCACCCCAGCUCGCUGCGUAAGCACAUGAAGGUGCACGGGCGCUCGCCGCCGCCUCUCAGCUCUGGCUACGUCUCUGCCACGCAGUCUGCCGCUGUGUCGCUUUCGUCCAACUUCGGCCGCGAGCCCCCGGUGGCCUCCUCGGCGGCAGUAGUGGCUCGUGGCAUCGAAUUGAGAGAAUGGUGA